GGAAGCCGAGCAGACGGUCCGCCGCCACCUCCAGCCAGGGAGCCGGGUUCGGUCGUGCCGCCUAGUCCGCCUCCCUGCUCGCCCACUAAGUUGCCCGACCUCGUCGCCACCGCCGCCAUGCCCAAAACAAUCAGCGUCCGAGUGACCACCAUGGAUGCGGAACUGGAGUUCGCCAUCCAGCCCAACACCACCGGGAAGCAGCUGUUCGACCAGGUUGUGAAGACCAUCGGCCUGAGAGAGGUGUGGUUCUUCGGCCUGCAGUACCAGGACACCAAGGGCUUCUCCACUUGGCUGAAGCUGAACAAGAAGGUGACCGCCCAGGACGUGCGGAAGGAGAGCCCCCUGCUCUUCAAGUUUCGGGCCAAGUUCUACCCCGAGGAUGUGUCCGAGGAGCUGAUCCAGGACAUCACCCAGCGCCUGUUCUUCCUGCAAGUGAAGGAGGGCAUCCUCAGCGAUGACAUCUACUGCCCACCCGAAACUGCCGUGCUGCUGGCCUCCUACGCCGUGCAGUCCAAAUACGGGGACUUCAGCAAAGACGUGCACAAGGCUGGCUAUCUGGCUGGAGACAAGCUCCUCCCGCAGAGGGUCCUGGAGCAGCACAAGCUGAACAAGGACCAGUGGGAGGAAAGGAUCCAAGUGUGGCAUGAGGAGCACCGCGGCAUGCUCAGGGAAGACGCUGUCUUGGAAUACCUGAAGAUCGCUCAGGACCUGGAGAUGUAUGGUGUCAACUACUUCAGCAUCAAGAACAAGAAAGGCUCUGAGCUGUGGCUUGGGGUGGACGCCUUGGGCCUGAACAUCUAUGAGCAGAAUGACCGGCUGACCCCCAAGAUCGGGUUUCCCUGGAGUGAGAUCCGGAACAUCUCCUUCAACGACAAGAAGUUCGUCAUCAAGCCCAUUGACAAGAAAGCACCAGACUUUGUGUUCUACGCCCCGCGGCUGAGAAUCAACAAGCGCAUCUUGGCGCUGUGCAUGGGCAACCACGAGCUGUACAUGCGGCGACGCAAGCCGGACACCAUCGAGGUGCAGCAGAUGAAGGCCCAGGCCCGAGAGGAGAAGCACCAGAAGCAGAUGGAGAGGGCCCUGCUGGAGAAUGAGAAGAAGAAGCGGGAACUGGCGGAGAAGGAGAAGGAGAAGAUCGAGCGGGAGAAGGAGGAGCUGAUGGAACGCCUCAGGCAGAUUGAAGAGCAAACCAAGAAGGCUCAGCUCGAGCUGGAGGAGCAGACCCGCCGGGCCCUGGAGCUCGAGCAGGAGAGGAAGCGCGCUCAGGACGAGGCGGAGAAGCUGGCCAGGGAGCGCCAGGAGGCGGAGGAGGCCAAGGAAGCUUUGCUCCGAGCCUCUCGGGACCAGAAGAAGACGCAGGAGCAGCUGGCCUCCGAGAUGGCAGAGCUGACGUCACGCAUCUCCCAGCUGGAGGCGGCUCGGCAGAAGAAAGAGAGCGAGGCUGAGCAGUGGCAGCAGAAGGCCCAGAUGGUGCAGGCGGACCUGGAGAAGACACGGGAGGAGCUGAAGAGCGCCACGAGCACGCCGCACGUGACAGAGUCCGAGAACGAGCAUGACGACGAGCAGGACGAGAACGCGGCCGAGGCCAGCGCCGAGCUGCGGGCCCACGCCACCGCCAAGGACCGCAGCGAGGAGGACCGCACCACCGAGGCUGAGAAGAACGAGCGCGUCCAGAAGCACCUCAAGGCGCUGACGUCGGAGCUGGCCAAUGCCCGGGACGAGACGAAGAAGACGGCCAACGACAUGAUCCACGCGGAGAACAUGCGGCUCGGGCGCGACAAAUAUAAGACGCUGCGCCAGAUCCGCCAGGGCAACACCAAGCAGCGCAUCGACGAGUUCGAAUCCAUGUAACCGCCCCGGACCCCCUUCCCCCCAGCGAGCUUCCC